UUUUAAGCCUCUUUUGCUUUGCAACCUUGCCUUGUUUUCACCAUUGAUGUGUGUAUAAUUUGGGAAGAAAAGAGAAUAAGAUAAAAAGGGAUAUUCUUGCAUUACUUUAGCCACCCUUUGUUUUCAAUUUUCUAAGAAUAAGAAGUAUAAAGAAAGAAAUAAGCUUGUGAUAUAGUUCAUGGAGAUGGAGAAUGAAACACAGCAGUCCAAAUUUAGGAGGAUUUGUGUGUUCUGUGGAAGUAGCCAAGGCAAGAAGAGUAGCUAUCAGGAUGCUGCUAUAGAGCUUGGAAGAGAAUUGGUUUCAAGGAACAUUGAUUUGGUCUAUGGAGGAGGUAGCAUAGGUUUGAUGGGUCUGGUUUCACAAGCUGUUCGUGAUGGUGGUCGCCAUGUCAUUGGAGUUAUUCCCAAGACGCUCAUGCCUCGAGAGUUAACUGGUGAAACAGUAGGGGAAGUGAAGGCUGUUGCAGAUAUGCAUCAAAGGAAGGCAGAGAUGGCUAAGCAUUCAGAUGCUUUCAUGGCCUUACCAGGUGGUUAUGGAACUCUUGAAGAACUGCUUGAAGUGAUUGCUUGGGCUCAGCUUGGAAUACAUGAUAAACCAGUUGGGUUGCUGAAUGUUGAUGGAUACUAUAACUCGCUGCUUUCUUUCAUUGAUAAAGCUGUGGAAGAGGGAUUUAUUAGUCCCAGUGCACGCCAAAUCAUUGUAUCUGCACCCACAGCUAAAAAGUUGGUAAAGAAAUUGGAGGUGUUGACACCAUUUUUUGGAUGAAAAACGGGGUUGACUUGAAUUUUGAAAACGAAAAUGGGAGUCACCACCAAUCUUUUUUUUUAUGAGGUGUGAUUGGAUCACCUCGAAAACGGUUUGAUUUUAUUAAAACAACAAGUUUGGUCCACGAAAUUCAGAAAAACGGGUUCGGGAGUCGAUUACGCACGAGGAAGGAUUAGCACCCUCGAUACGCCCAAAAUUGGUACCUAGUUGAUUACUUAAUGUCUUAGUGUCGAAGAGUGAAAACUUUGAAGAAUUUAAAAAUACGAUCCUUGUAUUAAAAAGUUGAAAAUUUUCAGGAAAAGGGCAUGUU